UUGUGCAUAUUCGUAUGCAGCUUCUUAUCAAAAAAGCGCCGUGGUUUUGUGAUUGCAGUUUAUUAUCAAAAACUUUUUGCGUUUUCCCUUAAUAAAUCAAACACGAACCGGCAAGUUUGUGUUAUCAAUUGCAUUGGUGAUAUUUGGAAUAAGAUUUACGGAAAUCAAAGAGCUAGGCCACCAUGAGCCGUCUGUUUAGUACUGGUUCGAUUCUCGGCGCGGGUGGAAGCUCCAAAAUGGCUAGCAACUUCCGGAAAGUGACACACUGCAUCUUCGACAUGGAUGGGCUGCUGCUGGAUACGGAGAACUUGUACACGGAAGUAACGCAGAGUAUCGCGGACCCAUACGGGAAAGUUUACACCUGGGAGAUAAAACAGGCGGUCAUGGGGCUCCAGCGAGAGGCGGCCGCCGCUGCCAUCGUUGAGGCCCUCGGACUUCCGAUGACGCCGGAAGAGUACGUGAUCGUUUCGACCGAGAAAAUCAACCAACUGAUGGGCAGCUGCAAGAUGAUGCCAGGCGCGGAAAAACUGAUCCGGCAUCUGCACGAGAACAACAUUCCCAUUGCGGUGGCUACGAGUUCCGGAGCCGAUUCCGUGGAAGUGAAAACUAAAAACCACCAAGAUAUCUUCAACCUCUUCCACCACAAAGUUAUGGGAUCGUCGGACGCCGAAGUGAAGGAGGGCAAACCGGCUCCGGACAUUUUCCUAGUAGCCGCCUCCCGCUUCCCCGACAAACCCAACCCAGAUCAGUGCCUUGUCUUCGAGGAUGCACCCAAUGGAGUGACGGCCGGUGUGGCCGCCGGCAUGCAAGUGGUUAUGGUUCCCGAUCCGCACAUCGAAGAAGAUCGACGGAAACAGGCUACGGUGGUGCUCGAAUCGUUGGAACAUUUCAAACCGGAAAUGUUUGGACUUCCUGCCUUCAAAUAGUUUCGGCCCCCAGCUAUUACCUAUUCGUUUGCCGGUAUUCUACUCUUACAGUCACACACACCUAAAUGGCUCCCCUCCGCUAGAAAAGCUUUAUCUGUUUCCGUCAUUGAGCGUGAGCAAGUUUACGACAGUCCGGUUCCGGAUGUUGGGGAUGAACGAGCAAAACAGAGAGAAAGGGACAAAGAUGAAGAACUAUGCACGUGGUCGCUGCGUGUUUUAAGGUAGGCACAGAAUCUAUUGCUAUUUUUCGUACAAAUACCUUGCUGCUAAUGAGAAUAUAGAUUUAAUGUAUUUUAAGUA